AUGACCAGAGCGGGUGUACAGCCGGGGCUCUGGCUGCUUGAGAAACCUUGGAACACCUGGAAGAUGCGCUUCAUCUGGUUGCACAAGGUCAUCCUCGGGGUUGCUGUGAUCUGCAUGGGCGAGGAGGUGGUCGACAGAACAAUGAGACAGGAGGGGGAGGAGAAGGAAGAGGGUGUUACGAAGAAUGAUAGCUUGGAUUUGCAUAAAGUCGGCCUGCAGCUCCUCAGGAUGUAA